CUACGACGCUAAAUGUCUGACCCUGGACGCGAAUCGCGGUCAGCCAUAAUAUACAAUGUGCGCAUUCAUUGGCACGUCACUAUGUCAGACCUCCUCUAAAGAUGGCGACCGCCUACGAGAAAUUCAACCUGCACACUACCCCAGAGAAGUUUUACAUUGAGGCAUGUGAUGACGGCUCCAAUGAUGUAUUGUCCAUUGACAGGGUGUCCACAGAAAUGAUCCUCACCGUGAGGAAGGACAUUCCUCCCCAUGCGGUCACCAGGCCAAUAUGUGGGAUCAUGGGAACUAUCCGUCUGGUGGCAGGCACGUACCUCAUCGUUAUCACAAAGAAGAAGAAGGUGGGUGACCUGUUGGGCCAUGCCGUGUGGAAGGCUAUGGACUUUGACGUUAUCUCUUACAAGAAGACUGUGCUGCACCUGACAGACAACCAGAUGCAGGACAACAAAGCCUUCCUGUCCAUGAUCAACAGUGUUCUGCUCACAGACGGCUUCUACUUUGCUACAGACUACGACCUGACCCACACUCUGCAGAGACUUGCCAACACCAGUCCUGAGUUCCAGGAGAUGAGCCUGCUGGAAAGGGCAGAUCAGCGGUUUGUGUGGAAUGGUCACCUGUUGAGAGAAUUCAUGCCACAGCCAGAGCUGCACAGGUUUGCUUUCCCUGUUGUCCACGGCUUCAUCGUUAUGAAGUCCUGCUGCAUCAAUGGGAAGAUCUUUGACUGGAACAUCAUCUCCAGGCGGAGCUGCUUCAGGGCUGGAGUACGUUACUACGUCAGAGGCAUUGACUCAGAGGGUCAUGCAGCUAACUUUGUGGAGACAGAGCAGAUUGUCCAGUACAGCGGGGGCAAGGCCUCAUUCGUACAGACCCGAGGCUCCAUCCCCUUCUACUGGUCCCAAAGACCCAACCUCAAGUACAAACCAAAACCUCAGAUCAGUAAAACCAUCAACCAUCUGGAUGGCUUCCAAAGGCAUUUUGACUCGCAGAUCAUCAUUUAUGGAAAGCAAGUGAUUUUAAAUCUGAUCGACCAGAAAGGCUCAGAGAAGCAAUUGGAACAGGCCUUUGACAAAAUGGUGUCCAGCUUGGGCAAUGGCAUGGUCAAGUACAUAGCGUUUGACUUCCACAAGGAAUGCAGUCGGAUGAGGUGGCAUCGCCUGCAGAUCUUAGUCGAUAUGGUGACAGAGAUGCAGGACGAGUAUGGGUACUUCCUGGUUGAUGUGGAUGGGAACGUUCUGGUGCAACAGGAAGGGAUGUUCCGCAGUAACUGCAUGGACUGUCUGGACCGUACCAACGUCAUCCAGAGUCUGCUGGCACGACGCUCACUGCAGUCACAGCUGGAGCGACUGGGAGUUCUCCACAUGGGCCAGAGGAUUGAAGAUCAGGCCGACUUCGAGAAGAUCUACAAAAAUGCGUGGGCAGACAAUGCCAAUGCGUGUGCCAAGCAGUAUGCUGGCACAGGGGCCUUGAAGACAGACUUCACAAGAACAGGGAAGAGGACACAAUGGGGGCUGGUGAUGGACGGCUGGAACUCCAUGAUCAGAUACUACAAGAACAACUUUUCAGACGGCUUCAGACAGGACUCUAUUGAUCUGUUCCUGGGUAACUAUGCCAUUGAUGAGGCAGACAUGACCACACCCCUUCACGAGACCAAAGAUUGGAAGUUCCUCACGUUGCCCAUUAUCAUGGUUGUGGCAUUCUCCAUGUGUAUCAUCUGCCUCCUCAUGGCUGGUGACACGUGGACGGAGACCCUGGCGUAUGUGCUGUUCUGGGGCACAGCUAGCUUCGUGACGGCCGGCGUCAUCCUCUUCAACGGUCGGGAGUUUGUAGACUCGCCCAAGCUGGUCCAGAAGGAGAAGAUGGACUGAAUGUGUGCGUGUGGAAAGCAGCUACGCCCCACAGACUUCUCCUCUUCCUCUUCAUCCCACUCUUCUUCAUCAUCGUACCCUCAGGAUCAGCGGGCCUGGAGCCUGUACUGAUUACUGAGCCAACGGCAUGAGGAAGAGGAGGAGGAGGAUGGGGUGAGAGAAAGGCCAGGUGUAUGAUGUAGGGCUGUGAAGCAUACAGGGACUCGCUCUACACUGGCCUGCUGCUGUCCACACCACUAAGCAGGUUGUUUGGGCUGGGGAAGAUCCCUAACCUUGUCCAUAGACUGACUGUAUAAGCUGAAAACUGUCUGAUUUUAUGAUACAAUACCCCACUACAAUACCCCACUACGGUAACACAGUUACCCCUCUGCAUACAGGGACUCGCUCUACACUGGCCUGCUGCUGUCCACACCACUAAGCAGGUUGUUUGGGCUGGGGAAGAUCCCUAACCUUGUCCAUAGACUGACUGUAUAAGCUGAAAACUGUCUGAUUUUAUGAUACAAUACCCCACUACGGUAACACAGUUACCCCUCUGCACGGAAUGCAUAUGAACGGACACUGGCACUGCUGUUGUUGCCAUAGCAACCUUGACACAGGAACUACUUUUUCAAAAAUCUUGCCCUUUUUGUCAUUGUUUUUGUUGAUUUGUCGCCUUCUAACUACAUCAUAUCAUAUUUUCUCUGUUGGUUGCCAUAUUGUUUGUGUCAUUGCCCCUGAAGGGUCGAUCUGAACGUGGUGUCUUAGUGUGAUAGCCACUGGCACCCAAUAUGUCAGCUGUCUGACGGCCCAGCCCAAGCCAUGAUCCCAAAACUAGCUCACCGAUAGUCAUGGAGAGAAUGUGCUAGCUGGCCAAUAGGCAGGAAGAGAACGUGCUAGCUGGCCAGUGAUUGGGGAGAGAAUUUUCUAGCUGGCCAAUAGUUGGGGAGAGAAUGGGCCAAACUUUCAAUAGGGAACUUUAGUUAUGGUGUCCCACCACCAUUAAUGCCAUUGUAACUGGCCAUACUAUUCUCAAUCACUGCACUUCUGAGUGCACAGACAGACCCUCAAAGGGUUUCACAUGAGGAUUCCUCUGAGAUGUGACGAGAGGAAUGUUUGUCUGUCUGGCAGUCUAGUCUUCCCAGGGAUGGAAAGCUUCAUGAAACAGCUGGAAAGACAAAUCCGCAUUAGUUUCUGACAACUAAAAGGUGUGAGAGAGCAUCAAACUAUAUACUAUAGUGAGUAGGAUCUGUCUUUGACCAGUAGACUGCGAGGCCCAGACCUAGGCUAAUAAUGAAGCAUGGAUUUAAAGGUCCAAAUACGGCCAUUUUUAUAUCCAUAUCAAAUCAUUUCUGGGUAACCGCUAAGUACCUUACUGUUAUUGUUUUCAAUUAAAAUGGUCAAAAAGAAAAUAAUUCUCUGGGAAUGGUUUAGGGGAGGUGUAAACUGAACUAUAUGUUAUGGGCAGAGAGGUUUGGAAAUCUUUCUUAUUAAUAUAUUAACUCAUUUUUACCGUCGGGUGAUGUCACCAGGCAGUUCAAAACUCCAUCCCACCAAAACAGGCUGAAGUUUCAGGCGGUCUUUUCUAACACUAGAAGAGCAUUAUUAUUUCACAGUGUUAUUCCAACCUGGUAAUAUAUAUUAAUCAUGGGAAAAUAUAGUUUUUGACUGAACUGGGCAUUUAAACGAACCAAAGUCUCAUGGGGCAUUGGGGAUUUUAAAUGCCACUUAAUGACAAUUGCCACUCAAUGACAAUUUCUUUGUUUUAGUGUGUCUCUGGAUGGAAAUGUGAACUGUUGCUCUCUCUUACACAAUCUUUCUCUAUAUUAUUUCUCCUUUGAUUACUGGCUGUUCUGUAGCACUAGCCCCAAGUCAAAUUAUGCUGCCUUACGACAGGUAAGAGAUGGUGUUUAGUAGCAGGAUUGGGGCCAAUUCCAUAUAAAUUCAAUUCAGGAAGUAAAAUCCAAUUCACAAUUGUAUUCUCAUUGAAAAGCAUUGAGAACAUGUUUAAUUGGAAUAGGAAUUUCAGUUUACUUCCUGAAUUGAAAUUAAAUUGAGCCCAACCCUGGUGUAAAGUGUACAUAAUCAUUACAGGAUCACACUUACUUUACCUGCUGUUAGAGUGGCACCUGCUGAUCUGAGAAUGUUUAAGUAUGUAAUAUUAAAUUGAUUAUAUUGCCGCUUAUGUGUCUUUCCACUUCAACUGUAGUGGUACAAAACGACAAUGAGAAUAUGUAUGUCCUUUAAAUGUAGUGGUCCAAUAAUACAUCGGGGUAUGGUUACUAUGAUGAAGCAUAAGUUGGUUAUUAUGCUUCUCAAAUGGCUCAUUUGCUGUAGCUAUAACCCUUGGUAUACAUAGGAUGCCAUGCAAAUGGACAACAGUACAUUCCGCUGUGCAUUAUCAGCCAUAAGCCUAUCAAAUACAAGAAUCAGCCAGCAUAGUGUCUCUUGCUGUUCUGGGUUUUUAAACAGAUGAUUUAGGUGCCAUGUUAACCUAGAUACAAUUUCAUGUAAUGACAAAUCAUUGUAUGCUUGUAAGAAAGAUGUGCUAUUUAAGCUGAGUCAUGUUUGAGCGGUUUUAGACAAAUAUUUUUGGUUUGACUGCUUUACCAAUGGAAAUGGGUUGCUACUGUUGGCUCAAUGCAGUAAUAAGAAAACAAGCUGGACCAGUUUUAAUUGUUUUCUAGGCCUAUAUUAUUGUCACUUGUUUUGUUUAUCGGAGGAUUUAAUUUGGGGGUGUUAUUUUCCAGGAUUUUAAUUUGUUAUUGUGUUUUUUUUGUCACUUAAAACAUUGUGUCCAAGAAUGUGUAAUAAAUGUGUCAUCAGUCAUUCUGUUCCAUUUCCUAAUAUUGUUCUAUAGAAAUUGUUAUUUUACACAAAAUGUAGCAUAUUUAUUGUCCAUAGUGUUUUCUGGUUUAGUUAAGAUUUAAGUGACAAUAUGGAAAAUACUAUUGGUACUUGUAAUAAAAAUCCAUUUCCUUUA